AUGGCGGGAUCUUGUGAGAUCAGCAACAUCUUCUCUAACUACAUCAGUGCCAUGUACCAGCCAGAUGAGGGGCAGACGACUCUGGAUAUGUUAGGACACCUUGGGGAUGAUGGCACCCUGGGGCUGAGCCUCCCCACCAGCCAGCCCCUGGCAGAGAGCACAGACAAGCCAGAGUGGUUCAGUGAGCUCCCAUACUUCUGGACCAAGGUGCAGGUGCUAGAGUGGAUCAGCUACCAUGUGGAGAAGAACAAGUAUGAUGCCAGCUCCAUCGACUUCUCCUGCUGCAACAUGGAUGGGCACACGCUCUGCCACUACACAAGGGACCAGAUGCGCCUCAUCUUCGGGCCUCUCGGGGAUGAGCUCUAUGACCGCCUGCAUGAGAUCACCUCCGACGAGCUGAACUGGAUCGUUGACUUGCUGGAAAAAGAGGAUAUGACUUCCCAAGAGACAUUCCUGGAUACUAGCCAUCUGGAGCUGGGAAAUCCCUGUGCCAAGGACUCCCUGGAGGAUAUGAAGUUCACAAACCCUUUUCUCUCCACAGACUUCACCUGCUUGCCUGGUGCCAUGUCCCCAGGCAGCUCAGAUAUCUCAGGGCCUGUGAUGUCCCACAGCCCCAACUCCCAGGACUCCGGUGGAAGUGACCUUGACCUUGACCUUGACCUCGACCCUGCAGAAGCAAAGCUCUUCCCUGAUGAUGGCUUUGCAGGGGGCAAGAAAGGGGACACCAAACAUGGCAAGAGGAAGCGGGGACGGCCUCGAAAACACAGCAAGGAGAGCAGAGACUGCCUGGAGAGCCGGAAAAGCAAGCACUCCCCAAGAGGUACCCACCUGUGGGAGUUUAUCCGAGACAUCCUGAUCCACCCUGAGCUGAAUGAGGGGCUGAUGAAGUGGGAAGACCGGCGGGAAGGUGUCUUCAAAUUCCUGCGCUCAGAGGCAGUGGCUCAGCUUUGGGGCCAGAAGAAGAAGAAUAGCAGCAUGACCUACGAGAAGCUUAGCCGAGCCAUGCGGUAUUACUACAAACGGGAGAUCCUGGAACGAGUUGAUGGACGACGACUGGUGUACAAAUUUGGGAAGAACUCCAGUGGCUGGAAAGAGGAGGAGGUGUUGAACAGGAACAAAGAACUGUAA